CAGGGCUCAGAAUAGAAAUCAGAAUAGAAAGGAUGAAUGGAGAGACUAUUGGAGUAAAUAACAAAUUUGAAUUGCUAAUUAAAUGGAGAUUUGGCUAAAUAGACGGUUGGAGAGUGAUUUGGAGAGGCUGUCUGGAGAUGCUCUUAAGCUCGAAGAGGCGCUGCCCCUCGUGCAUCGCCGACCCCCGACCAUAAGUAUCACGAGCAGGCGGCCGCCGCCGAGACAUGUGCUGCUCAGUCGCUCAGAGCCUCAGAUCACCCACCCGCUUGCUGAAGCGCUAGUACUAGUGUACUACCAGUAGUAGUGUAGGCGGAGAAAAGCAGUUGGCAAAGCUCGCGCAAUGGCAGCCUCCACCACCGCGCUGAGCAUGAAGCUGCUCGUCGACACCAAUGCCCAGCGAGUGCUGUUCGCGGAGGCGAGCAAGGAUGUCGUCGACUUCCUCUUCUCCCUCCUGGCGCUGCCGGUCGGCACGGCCGUCAAGCUGCUCGGGAAGGACUCCAUGGUCGGCUGCGUCGGCAACCUCUACGCCAGCGUCGAGAAGCUCGACGGCACCUACGUCCAGCCCGGCGCCUCCAAGAACGCGCUGCUCAGCCCCGUCGUGCUCUCGCCGGCGGCCAGCUCCAACACCUCCGUCCUCCGCUUGCCGGCCCCGUCUUCUUCGCAGCCCAAGAGCUUCUUCAGCUGCCGCUCCUACGACUGUUUCUACUACGUGACGGACGUGAGCGGCGUCAAGUGUCCGUCCUGCGGCAACCAGAUGACAACGGCAUGCACGUAUGCCGCACCAACCGCUGCCCAGAAGCUGCAGGCCGCUGCAGCCGAAGGGGCGGGGAAGGGGUUCGUGCAGGGCAUCGUGACGUACACGGUGAUGGACGACCUCACCGUGUCGCCCAUGUCGUCCAUCUCCAGCAUCACGCUGCUCAACACGUUCGCCGUCAAGGACCUGGGCGCGCUCAAGGAGCAGACCGUGCAGCUCGGCUACACUGAGGUGAUAAACUAAAUUAUCUACUAAUCAUCAUUCAUCAGUCAA